AUGCCUCGUCUCAACUCCACGUCUGAUCCAGCAAUGAGUAGUGGAUUUAUGUCUCAGAUUAGGGAUUUGGCAACCAAGCAAAACGAAACGAUGAAUGAUUUUCGAAACAGGGUAUCCCUGUGGUAUUUUUCCCAUCCCUUGUGGAAACGAGUCCUACUAGCACUUGGAGGAAUUGCGAUUGCAUGCGUUGGUAUUCUAGCACUUAUAUUUCACAAACGUGUUAUUAAGUUGUUGGUGGAUGUAUCAGAUUAUUGGGAAAACCUUCGUUUUGGCAGGACCAUUUUAUUCUUCUUGAUUUUCUUCGUGGGAUUUCCCCCACUCAUUGGUUACUCCGCCUUGUCAAUGCUAUGUGGUAUGGUGUUUGGUUUCCCAGGCGGCUGGCCAUUAUUGGCAUCGGCAACAAUCUUGGGGUCAUUGGCAUCAUUCUUGGUAUUCAAAUACGUUCUUAGAAGUCAGGGUGAACGUUUGGUCCAGCAUAAUGAGAAGUUCCGAGCAUUUGCAGAAAUUUUGAAAGAGGAUGCGUCUCUUUUCCUUCUUGUUUUGCUAAGAUUGUGUCCGUUCCCUUACUCAUUAUCAAAUGGUGCUUUAGCAGCUAUUCCCAACCUCCCAGUUUCAACCUAUGUGUUGGCUUCGAUAAUCACAUCGCCAAAAAUGUUCGUCCACGUCUUCGUGGGGAAUACUAUAAAGCAUUUGGGCGACGAGGAACGUUCGUUUUCUGCUAAAGUGAUUGAUGUAGUGAGCAUUGUGAUUACAGGCUGUGCAUUAUCAUUGGCAUCAUACAUCAUUUACAAUCGAAUGCAGGGUAAAUUAAACUCAUAUCACCACGGACUGCGCUCAAACUAUGACGACUUAGUGUUUGGUAAUUUUAAUGAUGACCUAGAGUUGGAUCGUUCCAUGGGAUUAGAAGCAGGUGACUUCGAUGAAGAUAAUUUUUUUAUUGGGGAUGAUGAGGAAGAUACGGGUGACUCAAGACAACUUAAGGGCGCAUCACCUAAAAUAACAUCUAAGCCCAUUGAAGACGAAGACAAUGGAUCUUUGGGUUCAUUAGGACGGCCCAAGGUAAGUAGGGAUUACUGA